CGUCUUCAGCCUCGGGAGUAUGCUCUCUGCUUCGAAUCUCUCUCUCUCUCUGCCAAUAUCUGACUCCAUCACCGGCGGUACGGUUAACUCGAUCGACUUACACCCUAACCCGCCGAGCCAUGGCCGAGCCGCGUUACGAGAUCGCCCAGACCGCGUACAUAAAGAUGGUCCUCCACGCCCUCAAGCACAAAACCUCCGCCGUCAACGGAAUCCUCCUUGGCCGUGUCUCCGACCAGAAAGACUUUACCGUCGUCGAAAUCGCCGACUCUGUACCCCUCUUCCACUCCCACCUCAGCCUCCUCCCAAAUCUAGAGAUCUCCUUGAUCCUGAUAGAGGAGUAUUGCGAAGCUAAAGGCUUGAAUAUAGUGGGAUAUUUCCACGGCAACGAGAGGCACGAUGAUGCUGAGCUUGGUGGUGUCGCGAAGAAUAUCGGGGACAAUAUUUAUCGCUAUUUUCCACAAGCUGCUAUACUUUUGUUAGAUAACAAAAAACUCGAGGCGCUGUCUAAAGGGAAGGAGCGAAGCCCUGUUAUGCAGCUUUACACUAGGGACGCAUCGAAGAAUUGGAAGUUAGUCUCCUCUGAUGGCAAUGGAAGCAAUCAGUUAGUUACAAGGGAACCAUCAGCAAAUGUAGUCCUGUCGGACUACAUCUUAUCCGAGAAAUGGCAGGACAUAGUCGACUUCGAUGACCACCUUGAUGACAUCAGCAAGGACUGGCUUAACCCCGAUCUCUUCAAAUGAGAAAUAGUCAUCUAACUUGUAAUAGUUUUCUUAGGAGUUUGUUUACUCGAUUGCCUACAAAUCAAGAAGGGUAAAAGGGUUUAACAGAUUUUGAGAAAAUUUGCUUGUAGUUUUGUGUCAAAGACGAGAAUCUGUUCUGUUGGUAUUUUUGUCGUUGAAGGAAGUUAUUGAGGAUCAAUAAGGUCAUAUAUUUCAUUUUUGUUCUUGUUGGAUCUGUAAUUCAUAUGUCGCAAGUGGUUUCGUUUCCUGUGAUGGAAUGGUAAUGCUGACUGCUAGGACCUUGUAUGAUCAUUUCAUGAUAAUGGGCAAGAAUUCUCAGGUUUGGAGUUGGUAGAGAA